AUGUAAAACAUGAGCGCCGACAAUGGAAAAAAGCUGUUUACGAAAAGUUGCGCAACAUGCCAUUCUAUAGAGGCAGGAGGCAAACACAAAGUCGGGCCCAAUCUCCACGGGCUUUUCGGCCGAAAAUCAGGUACUGCUGCAGGAUUCAGCUUCUCAGACCCUAUGAAAAAUAAAGGAGUGGUGUGGAACGAGGCAGCGUUGACUGAAUACCUGACGAAUCCAAAGAAGUUCGUUCCUGGCACAAAAAUGGUGUUCGCGGGGCUUAAAAAGCCGGCGGACGUGGCAGAUCUCGUCGCGUACCUUAAGUCAGCUUCGAAGUAACCAAGUAACUGAAGAAUUUUGGAAUUAGAAGUGUCUUUUCG